AUGACGGCAAGAGGAGAGGCCUCUUUGAAUCUAACGCUAGCUCCAUCAACAACUUGACCAUUGUGCACAUAAGGCAAUAUUUCGCGUUACAAUGGAGCCAUUGGGAAGUUCUUCAUCGAGCAACCACACCCUGAACGCAACAGGUGGUGGCUGUCCAUGGGAGGUCAACGACAAAGCCAGACUAUGCCGCUUCCUCUGUUACGGCGCGGAGGGAGACGUAUACACUGCUAGAGAAGAGGGUCACGUCGGCAUGGAGAGCGCCACGGGUCUGCUGUCCCUGCUGCAGGAGGGCCGAGGUGCUGAGGUGGUGGAGGAGAUAAAAAGAUUCACUCAGGACGGGCGAGCUGUCACACUCGACCCCUCCCUUUUUGCCUUGGCUUUGUGCUCCCAGCACUCAGAGCUGAAGACCAGACAGGCAGCGUUCAAAGCCCUGAAGGAAGUUUGUCGGGACCCUGCCAACCUGUUUAGCUUCAUCCAGAAAAAGAAGGAGUUGAAAGAGGGUAUGAAGUGUGGCAUUUGGGGACGUGCCCUGAGGAAAGCAGUGUCUGACUGGUACAAUGAGCAAGAUGCCCUGAGUCUGGCUGCAGCUGUGACCAAAUGUAAACAGAGAGAGGGGUGGUCACACCAGGAUCUAUUAAGGCUGUCUCACACUAAACCUGCUAAUGAAGCAAUUGCCUUGAUCAGCAAAUAUGUUACAAAAGGAUGGGAAGAAGUCCAGCUUGCUUACUCUGACAAAGAGAACUCAGAAGAGGUUGUCAAAGUGCUUUUGUAUCUUGAGGUGGUGGAGAAGGUCAAGCACAGUUGUGAUGAAACAGAGGUCAUCAAUUUAAUAGAGGAACACAAACUGGAGAGGGAACAGCUGCUGACAGACCACCUGAAGUCCAAACAGGUAUGGAGUGCUUUGUUGAAGGAAAUGCCUCUCCAAUCAGUGCUAAAGAUCUUGGGUAAGAUGACGUCAAACAAAAUUCUUGAACCAGGAAGUUCGGAAACACAAGCUGUAUGUGACAGAAUACAGAGCGAGACGGCUCUAAGGAAGGCAAAGAUCAACCCUUUCAACAUACUCUUGUCUUCUGAAAACUACAAAAGAGGCCAAGGCUAUCAGGGUAAAACAAAAUGGGAACCAGACAGUGGCAUCCUCAAAGCGAUGGACUCUGCCUUUUAUAAGAGUUUUAAGAAUGUGGAGCCUUUGGGUAAACGCUUCGUAGUGGCAGUAGAUGUGAGCACAUCUCUGAGCAGCAUUGUCCCAGGAACGUCAGUCAGCACUGCUGUUGCCGCUGCAGCUAUUACCAUGAUUUUUGCAAGAACAGAAGCAGACACGCAUGUGCUGGCCUACUCUGAAGGGGCUUUGGUUCCAUGCUCCGUCUCUGCUGACAUGACUCUCGCACAAGCAACAUUUGAAGUGGUUAAGAUCCCGGGUGGGAGCACAGACUGUACCCUUCCCAUCACGUGGGCCACAGAGAAUGGGAAAGCUGUAGAUGUGUUCAUCAUUCUGACCAACAACCCAUUGUGGGCGUUCACUGCCAGCCCAGUGGAGUCUCUAAAGAUGCAUAGACAAAAAUCAGGAGCCAAUUCCAAGUUGGUGAUGUGCGGGCUGACUUCCAUCGGACAUGCCAUUGCAGACACAGAGGACAGGGGUUUACUAAGCAUCUGUGGCUUUGACCUUGGAGCUUUGAGUGUCAUUCGUAACCUAGCCCUGGACCUGAUCUGAUUAAGUAUUGGGUCUGUCUCUUAAUUGUUUCGUUAGAGCACAAAGGAAGGCACACAGUGUACAAGCGUGGCUCACUUAGCAUGCAGAGUGCCCUAAAACAACACUAACCCAAUUGAUGUUUGACAUUCACAAUUCCGAUUUCCCUUUUUUGUAUCGUAUAACUUACGAGUCCAUUGACAAAGGGUCCAGCUGGCUGGACAACACUGGAAAUGUUAUGUUCAUAUAUUUUUUUCAGAAAUUUGAAAAGAAAGUGAUACGACAUGAUAUGUCAUUUCAUAUCAUAAUGUCAAGAGUUUAAGUGCAAACAGUACUGUACGGAAAGUGUUUUGAUGGUUUUUAGUGAGACACUUAUGAUACUCAUGUAUAGCAAGAUGUUGGCAGAUUUAAUAAGAGGAACAAUGUAAGAGUCAGAAUGUUUGAGGCUUAGUGCAACUGUAGGUUUAUUUGUAUGAGGAUUUGCUGUUGUUUCUGGUAUGUAUCAAUGAUAUGAUUUUAGCAGGGUUGAUGUAAUGGUAGAGGCAUUUUGAAUUUGAAAGCCUUUCCCUCGGUCCUAUGUAGCAUUAUUAUAAAUGAUGAACAGAUAUACAUGUGUAGAAUUCCAUUUACACAACUUUUCCUUUAGCCUAGGUCAAAUUUUGAGUUGUAUUUACAGUUGUUUUCCUCUUAGUCAGUUUGAUUUUUAAAACUUCAGUUGUCUGUUCUGCCCUUGACAAAUGUAUCCUAUAAAAUGAUAUCCUUGGUGCUCUUACAUGUGAUACAUUUUUGAAAGGGAUUUUUUGGAAUUUUCCUUUGUGAAACAAUAAUUUAAAUGUUGCUGUUAAGACUGUUUAAUUUGGAGAAAUGGACUUAUUCUCACAUUUCAGUCUGAAUUCUGUGUAUUUCACAAUUUUUAUUUCACUGUAUUGUUAUCUCCAGGGAGCACCAUGUUAUUUAACAACUCUUUACCGAGAAUGAAUCCGCUAGCACCUUGAUAUUUCCAUAUUUUUAUGUAAUAUUGUUCGUUAUGCAAAAUCACUUAUUACUGCUACCUUCCCUGGAAAACAGUGAAUUGAAUGUAUUUUUUCUAAAACAUCAGCAACCAUGGAGAUUUAAAGUAAAAUCCUUUAUAUUUCUUCAAAGACUGAAUAAAAACACUGUUUGCAGUUAGAGGCCAAUUCAUCCUUGAGAAAUGCAAGCAAACAGCUACAGCGGUGCUUCUUGUUUUAGACAACACUAAUUGCUGACAGCAUUCUCUUAACUUGUUACUCAUUCACUCUGGUGUAACUGACUGUUUGUAAAGAGGAAUAAAUUCCUCAAAAUGUUACUGUGAAGGAUUUUUGUCCAGACCUGCCAAUACUGUCAGUUUCAAUUGUAAGACAAUGUCCACUGUUAGGCCAAAGGUCAAAAUGCUAUAAAGCUAAAAUGUUUAAAUCAUAUGAUCCUUAAUACAACAAUUGUAAUAGAAAGUCUGGCACAAGAGAUAGUUAUUAUGAGGUAUGGUAGAUCACAAAUGUUUCACCACCGUGAUUAACUUCUGUACCAUCAUGUUGUCUGUUGCAUCCGUUGUGCUUAACAUGUAAGUACUGGAAUGUAGUGGCAAUGUAAACCCUAAUAAACAAU